AUGGACACCGUCAAAGCCAGACGGCCGAGAGGGCCCAAGCCCAAGACGACAUAUCGCGUCCAGAAUCUAGAGAAUCUAGCAUACCACUUCCAGAACGAACUUCAGAGCACUUCUCAAAGCAUCAUACCAGAAACAGACAGUGCCCAGUUUGUGUUCUACAACGACUCCACGAUCCAGCUAUCUGCUACUGCGGUUCAUAGCGGAAAGGCCGGAAAUAAGUAUCCUACACUACCCCCAAAUGGACAUGUCGAUACCGUCAUCAGCCUGGAAGAAGCAUUGUAUCGCACAACAGAGCCUAAACCCAAAGUCAAACCCCAGAGAGUCGUGGCUAGAUCUAUUAUCGAGGUCUUCCAGAAGGUAGACGGCUUCAAAUACACAGAGCGCCAAGCUAGCAGCACCAUCGAUGAUGGCACUCGCUUUAAAUACGUCUGCGCAGACUCGCUUCAAAAUCCCGAUCGUGUUGCAAAUGCCGCGUCUCGAUCCCACGGGUCAUCCGCGCUUCCUGUGGAGAAAAAGCCUAACAAGCACAAGCCUACAUUUGAUUGUGGCGGGUCCAUCUUUAUCACAUUUUCUCUAAAGAAAGAAUGCAUCAACGUUGUCUAUCGGCACAAUCCUAUUCACGGAGCUUACGUCUCACAAGAGCAAGGCAUUCAACGUACCACUAGCGUAAUUUCAUCUGACACCCUGUGCUCGGAUUCAGCAUUGCCUGCUCUGGAAAAUUUGCCUCUGGCGCCAGUUUCACAGUCUGCACCUACCCCAAAACGAAAAGCCAACCCCACGACAACAGCAGAGGCAGGGCUGGGAGAGACCGUCACUCCUAAGAAGCGUCAACGGAAGAAUUCUUCUGCCGUAACGCAAGACGAACCCAUGGAAAGCGAGCCCGUGGAUAACGAGCCAGAAUUCCCUGUUCCGGUCACGCCUCGCCAGGACAGUUCGCCGUGGCUUCUCCAGAACACAUCCAGCGGAUUCGAGGAAACCCAGAAUGGCUUCCCAUCGGCGUCAUCGUCUUACCCCCAACAGCUACCGACGCUGAGGUUUAUUGGCCAAACGCAAGAUAAGCGUAGAUGCUUAAGAACUAGAUGCGACAGUUGUCAUGUGAAGAAGAUCAAAUGUGAUGGAGCUAAACCGUCUUGCAGUACCUGCAUCAAGAGAUCCCGAAUAUGCAGCUAUUCGGAGACUUGA